UAUAGGCGAUACUGCAACAACCUGUAAAACUCGUCUAUUUAAAACGUACAAAACUGACUGAGGUGGUCUGAACUGUUUGAAUCAGUUUAAUUAUGGUACUCUUCAAAAACUACAAUUCAUCAUGGCUAUUUGCAAUCAUUAUAUUGUUUCACCAGAUAGGAUCAGCUGAAAGUGGAUUGGCAGCCGAUGAACGAAGGCUGAUUAAUGAUUUGGUGAGAGGCAAUGACAUUUUAUCAAGACCUGUGUGGAAUGUCUCUGACACAUUAACGGUGAAGAUGGGAUUGGCUCUCAUAAAGAUAAUGGAUUUUGAUGAAGCUGCAAGCGUAAUGCGAUCAAAUGUGUGGUUAAGAUUUUUAUGGCAUGAUUUUGCAAUGAUAUGGAAUCCUGCAG